UAAAUUCAAAAUGAGAAGAAUUAUAAUGAUUUUUGAAUUUGUUUUGCACUAGAUUAAGUUCUAAACAAUUCAGAAUCCGGACAAAAAAGCUUGAUUUUGCCAUAAGUUGUCGUAAACAUCUUGGGAAUGGAUUUGAAUGCUGACGCCAGCAUUCCCACUGCUGCCCCUGGUGCAGAAGAGGAAGAACAGCAACAGCAACAAUCGGAGCAAGAGACCAAUCAGCAACCAGGCACAGAUUUAGACCUCUCCGCCAUCUCCUCUCAGCCAAUAAAAAAUGAGCAGCAAGAUCCAAUCCCCGCAACAACACCUACUCCUGCUGUAGACUCCGCCCCCUCUCAGGAUGCCCCACCCCAAGAUCACCUGACAGUCAUUGACGAGAAGAUGGAAACAGGUAAUGGUGUUUGCCCGGCUCCUAUCGACAGUUGUCCCAUCGCUGCUUCUCCUCCUCGUCAACAGUAUGUCAAACCCAACCACGCACAUGCAAACGGGCGCACCAGGUUGAGCAGCCGCUCCGGGUCACUGAGUUACGCGGGGUCACCUCGACCAUCGCUCACCCGACAGCCCAGCGCAGCCACUGAUGCUGGAGGAGACGGAUCCAAACCCAACGAUUAUCUCAUAUGGGCUAUUCUGGCCUGCCUCUGCCCUGUCUGGCCCAUCAACAUCGUCGGCUUGACCUUUUCAGUGAUGUCUCGUAACUGUCUGCAGCAGGGAAACGUGGAUGGCGCACGCCGUCUUGGCCGGAAUGCAAAGGUCCUGUCCAUCGUGUCGCUGGUGGGUGGGAUUGUCAUCAUUAUUGUUACUAUCGUCAUCAACUGGGGUGUAAUACUUAAGACCUGACGGCCAUCACAACACUCAGGAUGAAGAAAAAUUCAUGACUAAACUUCACACCCAACAACCAGUACAUGAUGACCAUUUUCUUCUUCCAUGUGUCGUUCAUCUUUCUACAUCCGAAUGCUCCUGAAUGCGUUUUCCCCUGUUUUAUACUCUGUCUGAAGACUCUAAAGCUGGAUGGUACCUUUAUCUUCUACCAUGCCAGAACUUUCAGAAACAACACACUCAGCUGGAUCACGAGUGAAGUGGCAAGGCAUGCAUAUUUGUUUUUUUAUUUUCAACAAAGGACUCCUCGUUUCAGAUGAUGUCAGUAAGGAGACCACGAAGAUGAUCUCAUUUCAUUCGCCGCGCACCCCUUGAGGAUUUGAGGGAGGAAAAGAAUCAGAGGGAAUUGCUGGAGAGGAUUUGUUUUGUUUUUUGGACAAAGAUUAAAAGUCUU